UCCUUUAUUACCCCCGCCCCCUGGCUCCAGCCCGACGGAAGCAAGCGCGACGCCGACGACGACGAACGAGGACCGACGCGCGACCGACCUAGGGUUUCGCGCAUUCCCCCGCCCCGCUCCCCCGUCGGCGUCGAGGUCUGCUGAAUCUCGAGCAAUGGAGCGGUCUUUUCAGUUGAAUCCGCAUGCCACUCCUUUCGUGCCUGCCUCCAACAAGUCUCUGUUUGCGGAAAGCUUGAAAGGAAAGAAGGACCCCGAGAAGCAAGUAGAUGAGACUGAAAAGAAUGAGACCGCUGACAAGUCUGCUGGGUAUCAACUCCCAGAGUCCCUUUCUUUUGAUGACUAUGCUGAAAGCCUAGGAAAGAUCAACAUCUCUACUGAGUCAUCAUCAAAAGGAGAAGCUGCUGAGGCAAGUCACGCGGGUAAUCAUCAUCUCGCCGUGGUGGAAUCUCUCUCGCUGAUGUUCCCAGAUGUGUCUGCUGACUUCAUUCUUGAAGCACUGAAGGCCAAUGAAUUCGACGCAGUACUCACCAUUGAUAUGCUUUCCGAUCUGUGCGAAGCUGAUGAUAAUGGCCACUCUGCCGAAGUAUCAGAAAAGCCGCAGCACCAUGGCCCUUCAUCCACAUAGGCUGCAUGAGAAGUCUCCAGCUACAUCUGGUCCAAGCCAACCCUUCUCCACCGUCAUCAAGACCCGAUGUAGCGGAGUACAAUUUCUUGAUUCUGCGAAGAAUUCGCCCCGAAGUGUUCCAUUCGUCGUGCCAAAAGCAACAAGUACUAUGUGUUUGGGGUUUUAAAUUCCGGGUGGGAUAGCUGGUCUGUUUGUUGGAGUCUGCCUCAUCGUGAUGCCUGGUUGCAAGUUGUACAGCUCUUUUGGCGUAGCCGUUUAGACUCCGGAAUUCGACAAACCCUGUGCCGCGGGCUGCGCUUGUUUCAUGAACCUAUGCAUUGCCGUGUUCUCCCGCGUUCCGAGCGGGGAGGGAGACAGAUCAUUCGCCUUAUUUUGGUUGUGUGGUGCGGGUUUACAUGGGUGCGAAGGUUUCCGAUUUCAGUUGGUUGUGCUUUGCAGAAACGGAGGCGCCUUUGCGUGAUUUGACUGAAUGUCAUAUUGAGGAUUCUAGUGCAAGAUUAAUGGCAAUUGUCUUCUACUGA